AUGGAGAUUAAAGCUCAGGAAGCAGCAGCUCAAAAUGACACCCAAAUGCUGUAUGAAGCAAGCAUGAGAGGAAGUGUAGCCACUUUGAACACACUGAUUCAGAAGGAUCCAUUCAUUCUUCAUAAAAUUUCACUCUCUGCCUUCACUGAAACUCCCUUACACAUCUCAGCUUUGCUUGGUCAUGUUGAGUUCACCAAGGCUAUUGUGAGCCAAAAGCCUCAACUUGUCACAGAGUUGGACUCUUUCAAACGCUCACCUCUUCACUUGGCUGCUGCUGAGGGCCACAGGGAGAUUGUCAAAGAGUUGUUACUAGCAAAUAAGGAGGUGGGUUUGGUUGCUGACCAAGAGGGGAGAAUUCCUCUCCAUUUGGCUGCAAUGAGAGGGAGAGUUGAGGUGAUACAAGAGCUUAUAAGUGCAAAACCUGAGUCAAUUCUUGUGCAAAUCCAUGGAGAAACAGUUUUACAUUUGUGUGUUAGGUAUAAUCAUUUGGGUGCGCUGAAAGUAUUGGUGGCAUCAGUUGAAGAUGAGGAGUUUCUCAACUCCCAAAACCUUGAAGGCAACACUAUCUUGCAAGUAUCUUCUAUAUUGGAGCAAUAUGAGACCACUAGGUACUUGCUUUCACUGCCAAAAAUAAGAGUGGAUGCGAACUCCUUGAUCAAAAAUGGCUUUGCAGCUUUUGAUGGAAGCUGCAGAAAUGGCACAACUGAAAGCAAUUUACAGAAGAAUCCCAUCACUGAGACAAUUACCAAAGCUCAAACCACUCAAUCACCCCCAAAACCAAAACCAAUAACAUCAUUCCUUAAAUGGAGAAAGUUCAUGAAGUACAAGAGCGACCACCAUGAAACCACAAGAGGCAACUUGAUGGUGGUGGCCACUUUGAUUGCCACCAUAAGUUUCCAAAUUGCAACAAACCCACCAGGUGGCUACUGGCAAGCCGACACCACCAAUCAGAAAGAUCAAACCUGCCCAAAGGGAGUAAUAUGCAGAGCUGGAACUUCAAUUCAUGCAUACACUCAUGAAACUGAUUAUGACGGGUUAAUAAUCUCCAGCACAUUCUCAUUCUCAGUUUCACUCAGCAUCAUCUUGUGGCUCAUUAGUGGAGUUCCUCUCAGGAAUAGAGUUUCUGUGGGGAUUUUGCUCCUUGGAAUGUGGGCUACGUUGCUGUUUGUGGCAGCUGCAUACUAUUGGCCAAUACGCUUGGUGAUGCCACAUGAUGAAAUAUUUGAUGUUAUUGAUCAAUGGUACCCAUGGUUUUGGCUUGUGUUGUUUGUGGCCAUAAUUUUUAUACAUAUAAUUAGAUUUUGCCGGUGGGUGGUGGUGAAGUUGUUCAUGGGAGUGAUUUAUGUGGCUGAAUGUUGCUGUUGUAAGAACAAAAAACAGCCUGAUCAGCCUCUUAUGGUGAGUGUUUAG